CUCAUGUGACGGAGUCAAGAUGGCUUCGCCUAUCUCCUUGUGGUUGUUGGCUGUCGUUCUCCUGCUUGGGUCCUACGCUUCCCGGGCUCUGGGGCAUCUCGACCCGCCGACGCCGCUGCCGCUGGUGAUCUGGCAUGGGAUGGGAGACAGCUGUUGUAAUCCCUUAAGCAUGGGUGCUAUUAAAAAAAUGGUUGAGAAGAAAAUACCUGGAAUUUAUGUCUUAUCUUUGGAGAUUGGGAAGACUCUAACAGAGGAUGUGGAGAACAGCUUCUUCUUGAAUGUCAAUUCCCAAGUAUCGACAGUUUGUCAGACUCUCGCUAAGGAUCCUAAGUUGCAGCGAGGCUACAAUGCUAUGGGAUUCUCCCAGGGAGGCCAAUUUCUGAGGGCAGUGGCCCAGAGAUGCCCAUCACCUCCCAUGAUCAGUCUCAUCUCUGUUGGGGGACAACAGCAAGGUAUUUUUGGACUCCCUCGAUGCCCAGGAGAGACCUCUCACAUCUGUGACUUGAUCAGGAAAACAUUGAAUGUUGGGGCUUAUUCCAAAGCCAUUCAAGAACGCCUGGUGCAAGCAGAAUACUGGCAUGACCCCAUAAAGGAGGACACGUACCGCAACCACAGCAUCUUCUUGGCGGAUAUAAAUCAGGAGAGGGGUGUCAAUGAGUCCUACAAGAAAAACCUGAUGGCCUUAAAGAAGUUUGUGAUGGUGAAAUUCCUCAAUGAUUCCAUUGUGGACCCUGUGGAUUCUGAGUGGUUUGGAUUUUACAGAAGUGGCCAAGCCAAGGAAACCAUCCCCUUACAGAAGACCACUUUGUACAUACAGGACCGCUUGGGGCUAAAGGAAAUGGACAAUGCAGGGAAGCUUGUCUUCCUGGCUAUAGAAGGAGACCAUCUUCAACUGUCUGAAGAAUGGCUUGAUGCUCACAUCAUCCCCUUCCUUAAGUGAAACUCCUGCCGUCUGCACCAGAGCUCAGGGAGCCCCUUCACUUCCAAACCUGUGGGAGACAGUUCCUUUCAUGCCCAAACCUGAGCUCUUAUCUAGCUUGCAACUAAUCCUUCUCCCGUCAUCAGCUUAACAUGCCCUCCUUGGAAAGAUCUGAAUCUUAUCCUUUGCUUAUCCUAUCACCAUACGGUGUUGAAUGCAAAUUUAAUUAGCUAAUAACCAUGGAGACAACUUUACAACCCUUUCGUGUGGUCAAGCUCAGUCUUAGGAAAGGGAGUCUGCUGCAGGUCAGUGCCAGGCCCAGAGGAGACUGAACUAAAGCAAUGAAAUAGAUCCUAAAGGCAGACACCUUUUCUGGGGGAUUCAGAAGUCUGAUCACAUUUCAAGCCAAGAGAAAAGGCGAGUACCCGGGCCUGAGUCCUGUAAAUGCUCAGUUUUGCUGGUGGAGAUUUAACGUGUGCUUGGGAAAGUAUUGCUUAGAUAAUAUGUCGCCUUCUGUGGUGUCCUAGCAAUUACUAGACAAAUUCCACUUGCCCCCAUCUUGCCUCUGUAGCACUCACUUUGUCUCAGGUAGUGAUGAAUUAGUCACUCUGACACAAAAGGAGGGGAGUAGCACUCAGUUGGGUUGCUUAAGGGAGGGAACGUACAUCUUGUAGCUGGGGCGGUAGUAGGAGUGGAAGUGAAAAAAAUGAGGAGAUAGUGAUUCUUUACAUUCCAUCCUUGACUAAACCUCUCCCUGGUUUCUUUGUAGGACUAGUGGUCUGGAUUCUAGUCACUGCUGCUGGCUUUAGCAGAGAAUGGGUGGGAAAAUGUGAAGAGAUAGGCUUUCUAACUUCCAUCCCCAAAUAUCAUACAUACUUACCAGCAUACUGUUUGUAAUGUGCUCUGUGAAAAAAAAAAAA